GGUAUGUAGCAUUUCUGACAGGCCGGGCCGGGCUGCAGCUCGAGCUUUCUCCACUGUCUGUGUCUGUGUCUGGGUAGUGCAUGGCAUUGCUAUUUGAUGCCACUUCUGCUCUCUCCCACUUCUUCUUCCGCCACUUCCUUCUUCCUCCAUUCUCUUUCCACGGUGGUGCUCUGCUCUGUGUACCAACUCAAGGAGCACAUCUUCUUGUGCUGUAGCUGCAACUACUCCAAUUCACAAAUUGUCAGAGAUGGCCGAAGAAACUUCGAGCAACAAAAGCUGGAGAAAAUCAAAUCUGUUCUUGGAGAUACCUACACGAACGUUGGAUGCUUCGCCUCAAGAAAUUGUUCAGAUAAAGAUGCCUCCAAUGCCAACUCCGACGCCGAAAAGAGUUAGCUUCUCUGUAACUCCGAGUCCUUGUGAUUCGCGACGUAAUGGAUCUCCGGGGCCUUUUUCAGGAAGAGGAAGAUCAUCAUCAUCCAUGAAGAACAUCCUGCCAAAGCUGAAGUUCAAGAACCGGUCGAAUUUGGACAAUGCCGAAAAGGCCACUAAUUGUGAUUCAUCUUCUUCCACUACUGUUUCACAUGAUAAGCCAACAAUUCCGCGGUCAUGGUCAUUCUCGAAGAUUUUCACACCUAGGAUGAAGAGGACAACAUCCUUACCGGUAACUGCAGUUGGAAAUUCAAAUCCAGACUCUGCUUCUGGUGGAAGCACAAACAAUCUUCCUGCACUUGAAGCAAAAGGAGUUCCACGUAUGUCCCGAUCACUUUCCGUCCCAGUUUUCAACAAAGAAAAAGCCAUUCGAAGAACAGAUUCAUUCUUUCGUGUUAUUCCGACCACUCCUAAAGUUAAACACGACAUUGGUGAAGCAUCAAAGGCUACAACAGAAGGUAAUGAAGCCAGCAGCGGCGAAGAUAUUCCCGAGGAGGAAGCGGUUUGUCGAAUUUGCUUGGUUGAGCUAUGCGAAGGCGGAGAAACCCUCAAGAUGGAGUGCAGCUGCAAAGGUGAACUUGCUUUGGCUCACCACGAAUGCGCCGUUAAAUGGUUCUCCAUCAAAGGCAACAAGACGUGCGAUGUUUGCAAGCAAGAAGUCCGGAAUCUACCUGUCACGCUUCUACGUAUCCAGAGCUCAAUAAAUCGUACCACGGGCAUCAGUAAUCUUGGACAUAUCGACAUCGAUGGUUACAGCAGGGUUUGGCAGGAACUGCCGAUUCUUGUCAUCGUCAAUAUGCUGGCCUACUUCUGUUUUCUUGAGCAGCUUCUGGUCGGAAAGAUGCGUAGCCGUGCAAUAGCCAUAUCGCUUCCGUUUUCUUUUGUACUCGGCAUCCUUGCAUCUAUGACCUCUUCGACUCUGGCGAAGAGAAGAUUUGUCUGGUUGCAUGCCGUGGUUCAGUUCGCUCUCAUCGUCUUCUUCGCGCAUAUCUUUUACAAUUUGGUUCAUGUUCAAGCAGUCCUUUCGAUCCUUCUGUCGACUUUUGCUGGACUUGGCAUGGCGAUAUCAGGAAGUUCUCUUCUGGUGGAGUUUUUGAGAUGGCGGAGGAGUCGGGAGGCUGCGAGGAAUCAGAAUGAGAUACACAGCCAGAUGAUGGUGCCUCGGCCUCGGCCUCGGCUUCACGGCCAUGUCGAAGAUCCCGAAACCUUUAGCAGAAGAUGAUACCUACGCCUACGCGACUUUGUAGGUAUAACCAGGCAGAGCCCGAGUUCGAAACAAAAGAUCCAGCCCGGAAAUGGUCCUUGAAUCAAGGCUUUUCCUUUUUUU